AUGGGAAUAACAUUGACUGAUAAUAACUUUGAGCUGAUUUUCCAGCACUUGUCAUUCAAUGACAUUUUGAAUUUAAGUCAAGUGUCAAAAAAUUUAAGUGAAAUAAUUUCAAAUUCACCAAAAUGUAUGUUGAAAGUGACAUUAAACCUACAUAUAGAUGAUAAUAAUCAAGUUGUAGAAUUUCUUCAAUUUUUUCGACAGAAUAAGCGAAAGUAUCAGAAUGUCAAGGUUGAUUGUCACAACAAUCAUUAUAUCACAGAGAAGUACAUGCUGAUUUUAAAGACAAUCGAAAGGUCUAUAGUCAAUUUAGAGGUGAAAAAUGCUUCAUUUCGAUGGGAUGAAAUCAAUACGAGGAACUUUCAUGAUCAAUGGUUAAUUCUGACAGAUUUAAAGAAACUUAAAAUUUGCAGCAUUAACGACUACACGGCAGAGAUAUUCUUCAUCUCAUGUACUUAUCUUGAACAGCUGCACGUUGAAAAUGUUCGGUUAAGCAAAUACUUCAAUUAUUGUUUAAGAGUUAACGAGAAAUUGAAAGAUCUUAAAAUUUUACAUCCACAAGGAAUAAGCUAUGAUUACGAAUUUUACGGAUUCACAGCUUAUAAUUUCAAUUUGGACUACUUGCACUUUAAUUGUAAGGAGAAUCGAGAGAAGAAUAAGCAUGCAUUUUUGAAGAGAGUUAUUUAUCCAAUUUUAACAACACAAGUCAGGAACUUGAAGAGAUGCAGAAUCAAAGGAGUUUAUUUCGAUGCCGUAAAUAUUGUUUUGGAAACAUUAAAUCAAGACGAUUUCAAAUGCAAAAGCUUGAAUUAUGCUGUAACAUCUGCACACGCUAAAUUUACAAUCAACGAUUUACAAUUCUUUUGCAUCGAAAUGAAUGAGAUUCAUGCUGAAUUCUGUAAUAACUUGAUGGUUUUCAUUGAGAGGCAAAAUGAUAGUUUGAAAAAAAUUUGCAUAACCUCGAAUAUCAUUGAUGAAGAUAUAUCCUGUAUUUUAUUCAAAAAUUACCUUAAUGUUGACUAUUUAAGUAUUGGUGGAAGCCUAGAACUAAUCAAUGGAAGGAAUGACAAAAUUACCAAAAUCAUCACGUCUGCAACUUGUAUCGAGGAACUUAAAACUUUAUUAAAAUUAUCUCCAUGCUUGAAAGUGCUGCAGAUAUUCUCACUUUCCAAAGAAUUGCUGGAAUUUGUCACCAAAGAAUUAAAAGACUUGGAAAUCAUUAAAUUCCAUUUUAUGGAUGUAGACAGCUAUAGUAGUGAUAUUAAAUUGGAACAGCUUACAAGUUUUGAUCCAUUUUUAAGAAUCUGUGAUGAUCUCCAUGAACUUUUAUUUCAGCACUUUGUGGAUGAUUCCUUUGCAGAGGAAUUAACAAGAACAUGGACGAGAUUUUAUUUUAAGUAG